AGGGGCGUGGCCUUGCCGCACUGCUCCCUAGUGAACUUGAGGGGUCAUCCCAGGUCCAGGCGUGUGGUGAAUCAUGGCUGCUCCCCGAGACGCUGAGAUCCACAAGGACGUUCAGAACUACUACGGGAAUGUCCUGAAGACAUCAGCAGACCUCCAGACUAAUGCUUGUGUCACCCCGGCCACGCUGGUGCCCAAGUACAUCCGGGAAACUCUGAAGAAUGUACAUGAAGAUGUUACUUCGAGGUAUUAUGGCUGUGGUCUGGUUGUCCCUGAGCGUCUGGAAAGCUGCCAGGUUUUGGAUCUGGGUUGUGGAAGUGGCAGAGACUGCUAUGUGCUUAGCCAGCUAGUUGGCGAGAAGGGUCAUGUCACUGGAAUAGACAUGACUGAGGUUCAGGUGGAAGUGGCCAAAACCUAUCUUGAGUACCACAUGGAAAAAUUUGGUUUCCAGGCACCCAAUGUGACUUUUAUUCGAGGCUGCAUUGAGAAGCUCGCAGAGGCGGGGAUCCGGAAGGAGAGCUACGAUAUUGUUAUAUCCAACUGUGUUAUCAACCUUGUACCUGAUAAACAGCAAGUGCUUCACGAGGUUUAUCAAGCACUGAAGUAUGGUGGGGAACUAUACUUCAGUGACGUCUAUGCUAGCCUUGAAGUGCCAGAAGACAUCAGGUCCCACAAGGUUUUAUGGGGUGAAUGCUUGGGUGGUGCUUUGUACUGGAAGGAUCUUGCCGUCAUUGCCCAAAAACUUGGGUUCUGCCCUCCACGUUUGGUCACUGCCAAUAUCAUUACAGUUCACAACAAGGAGCUAGAAAGUGUAAUCGGUGACUGUCGCUUUGUGUCUGCCACGUUCCGGCUCUUCAAACUCCCUGAGACAGAGCCAGCUAAAAGAUGCCAAGUUGUUUACAAAGGUGGAAUCACAGGGCAUGAGAAAGAACUAAUCUUUGAUGCAAAUUACACAUUCAAGGAAGGUGAAGCUGUUGACGUGGAUGAGGAGACCGCAGCUGUCUUGAAGAACUCGCGUUUUCAUCAAGAUUUUCUCUUCACACCUGUGGACUGUUCUGAAGCAGAAACAAAGGAUUUAAUCAGAGAUCCAUUCAAGCUUGCAGAUGGAUCUGACAAAGUGACGUCGAGACACGCACUUGAUGACGCUGGAAGCUGCUGUGGCAAAAAGCAAAGCUGCUGUUAGAUGGAUGGCCAGCGCGGAGCUCUCCGCGUGCGAGCGAGCGAGCAGGCAGCUCAAGAACCGUCACAUAGGCUUUUAAACCUGCUAUUCCCCAGUGCAGAGAUUACGGGAAGAGGGAAAUCUAGAUUACUGCAAAGAGUAAGAAUGAGUUUUAUGUGCUAAUCUAAGGUUCACAGCAAAGCAAGUUUUUUCUAUUUCACUAUUUCAGCGUUCCGGUGCCACCUGGUGGUCAGAAGUAGAACUUGGAAGCUUAAGGUUCACUCGAAGGAUCAAAGGCAUCAAAAUUGGUGGAGGGUGGUGGGGUAACAUCUUCUUUCUGGCCUAUCACAGGACACUUCCGGACUUUCUCUGUGUUUACUCAGGAAGCAGAGUCCCUACUAAAUUUACACAACUAUGUCAAAAGAUUGUCAGUCAUAUUUGGUAGGCGUGGUCUUCAGGUGCCUGUGUUCAAACCUUUUUUUCUUUCUGUAAUCGAGUAAAGAAGAAAACAAAUGAAUAAUAAAUUUCACCCUUAUGAUUGA